AUGGGAGACGGCCGCUCGGGGAAACUCGGCGCCGACCGACUGGACGUCAACGACUUGCCGGACGCCGGAGACCGUUUUGAGCUGGGAAAAAUUCUCGGCUCGGGGAUAUUCAGCAACGUUUACGCGGCCAUCGACAGUGAAUCGGGUAAAAAUGUUGCGAUCAAAAUUCAAAAUCUCAACGGAUGUUCGGCCAGCGAAAAAGACGCCAGUGAAGAGUAUCGGAUAUUGAGAGAUCUGUCAUCGCAUCCAAACAUGCCCGACUUUUAUGGAGCUUACACCAACAAUAAUGCUGUCGAAUUGUGGUUUGUCAUGGAGAUGUGUGAAGGAGGAACUGUCGUGGACUUGGUCAAUGGUCUUUUGUUGCAAAACAAAAAAAUGAAAGAAGAGCACAUCGGAUAUUUACUCAGAGAACUGGUCAAGGCCUCGUGUUUUCUUCACGAUAAUCACGUGAUUCACAGAGACAUCCGCGGCUCGAACGUGCUGUUGACGAAGAACGGGGAAGUGAAGUUGGUAGAUUACGGUCAAGCCAGGUAA